AGCGAUAAAGAACUGAACCAAAAUCUUCGGAGAGAAUUAUCGAAAGCUUUGAAUAAUGAGAUCCCUGGCGGCGGCGGCGGCACGGCCGUUGUUUUCCGAUUUGCCGAGUCGUCUUCGCUCAUGGCUUCCGCCUUCUUCAAGCUUCAAGGCGUUCUCUUCUGCUUCGUCCUCGUCGGAUUCGGACCUUCGGAAUCAGUCUCGCGGUGGCCUCCCUCGAUUCUUCUCCGACGAUCUUCCAUCGCGCAAGGGUGGAAUGGUUCGUGUUCAAGGCUCUGAGUUUUGGCAUAUGGCUAAAGUUCUAAGAUUGAAAGCUGAAGACAGGGUAGAGCUCUUUAAUGGCAAAGGAGGUUUAGUAGAAGGUUGUAUACAAAGCAUAGACAAAACUGGAGUUGAUUUUGUCGCACAAGAAGAUCAGAAGGUGAUUCUCCCUCAGGGCAUCCAGUGGCAAGUGUUUGCAGCUUUUGGCACUUUGAAGGGUGGUCGAGCAGACUGGCUGAUUGAGAAAUGUACAGAACUCGGAGCGAGUAGUGUCACACCACUUUUAACAGAAAGAUCUUCCAUAAUCUCUGAUAACCGGGUUGAUAGAUUGGAACGUGUUAGUUUUGCUGCGGCUAAACAAUGUCAAAGACUACAUCAAAUGAUUAUAAGCCCUCCGAUCAAAUUUAAUACCCUCUUGGAUCAUAUUUCCAAGUCAAAGUUAUGUUUGGUUGCUACAGCCGAAGCUACACCUCUUCUCAAUGCAGUACAAUCCUCGGCAAAAGAAUCUAGCGGACUGUUAAUUGUUGGACCAGAAGGCGAUUUCACGAAGAAAGAGGUGGAAAUGAUGUUGGAAGCAGGCGGCACAGCUGUUGGACUUGGACCACACCGGUUGCGAGUUGAGACGGCAACCAUUGCUCUUCUGGCCACUCUAGUGAUGUGGUCUGACUCUCAGGAGACGGACUAAAAGGUGGCUGGGCUUAAGUGUUUGUUGCCCUUGUGUACUGAGAUUUUAGUUUGUUAAGGUCUGUGGAUUUUAUUGAUAAAAAGAAAAAGACUUUUCUUAAAUUUAUGAGGUUGUAUCGAUUCCACAUUUUUAAUCAAAGCUUAAAUAUGACAAAAAUGAUAAUAAA